AUGCCUAACAGACCCAUAUGGAGCAGCAUCACCAUCGCAGUUGGUACUUGUCCCAAUGAUCUUACGUAUAUCAAACUCAACCAUUGCAUGCGUGAACGCUGUCUAAAACUUGGUGCUUUGGCGCCCGGCGUUGUCCUACCGAACGUAGAGCCCCAGUCCUUCUGCAAUGUACUCGCCUACCUGGAUGGCGAUGAAUCUCUUUCGCUCUUUAGAAGCCACGCUACCGAUCCCAACUUUCUUCUUAUCUUCGCGCAAGCAUGGGCACUCGCAGCUCGUCUCAGACUCCCAACGCUUCAAAAUGUGCUGAUCUCGGUUAUGAGCGCUUUCCACACCACAAUCAUCGAAGGGAAAUGGAGUUAUCAGCGAGGUACUUGCGCAGAUAUCCAUCUUCUCCAAGCCUUCCAGCACCUCCGCUCGCAGUUUGGACCAGAAACUCACGCUGAAAAAUUUCUUGUGUGCUUCAGUGGCAGAACAGCGCCAUCAAUUGGCGAGCUCAAGAAACAGCUGAGUAGCCAAGACUUCAAUUCAGAUCUCCGGGAGAAGAUAUUGAAAGAAACCCGGUCAUUUGAGCGAGAUCCGAUUAUACACCGUCCUUACCUUUUCCGCGUUAGCGCAUUGAACCCGCCAAGAUACCCUCCACUCGAUGUACAACGAUUACCACAAAAUGAGGGCUCAAAUGCCGAUGCGAGAAGAUUCGACGGUGCGCAUGACAAUCUGCGACCACGAUGUGCCAGACCGAUACUGUCCACUUCAUACUCAAGGUCCCGGGGAUACGAGCAGCUCCGCCAUGAACAAAAGCCGCAAACUCAAUCUGGGCUAUCCGAAUCCGAAGUAUUACCUUCCACAGUCACAUUUGCAUCCAACACUACCUCCAUCCAAUGCCGUGUCUCCUUCCGCCUGCAAUAUCAAGACAUCAGGUGUGAUUCAGAUCUUGCAGCAGAAUAA